CGCCAAGUGGCUCAACGUCUAAACUUUCACAUAGGAGCCUAUUAAUGCGUGAGAAUUUGGUAAAAUGACGGAUCCAUCUAAACCCGUCCGAAAACGACGACGCCCUGCGUUUUCUUGCACCGAGUGCCGUCGUCGAAAAGUCCGAUGCGACCGAGCUGUCCCUUGCCUCCAGUGUACCGCUUACAACAAUGCCUCGGGGUGUACGUACGAGGAAGGCCAUCGCAGUCUUCCUGUUCGGGCGGCCUCUAGUACACUCCGCAGUAGACAACAAGAAGACCGAACUCAGAGUAGCCCUAACGCUCCGCGCCAUCCUGAUGUAUCUCCACGAACCUCAACGCCAGCUGCCCCCGGUGGGCGCCUUCAAGGCACAAUAUCGAAGACUAGGGUUUUCGGCUACGGCCACUGGAUGACUGCUUCUUCAAUGGGAGAGGAAUUUUCCAUCUUCGAGCCCAUUGGUGAGUAUUACAAAAAUGUAUUCCAACAUGCAGACCACAGUCCCACAGACGAGGUCACAAAAAUAGUUGUCGAAUGCAAACAACUAGCUCGAGAUAUUAAGAAGCAAAGACCAAGUCGGAGACGUCUCGCUGUCGAUAUUCAUCUGUCUUUUCUCGACCGUCAGGUGAUGGAUGAACUCGUCGCCCUAUAUUUCAACACGUUUGAGUCUUGCCAUCGUAUAGUCUAUCGACCAUCAUUUAUGGCGGAGUACAAAAACUACGUUGACAGUCAGGGGUCCUCCGAGAACCCUUUUCUACUGCAGCUUGCACUGGUCAUCACUGUUGCAGGCGCAUUGCACGGCGAUUCCAAUGUUCGCGGUGAGAUAGCCGCGAAAGCACCAACAUGGAUCCAUAUCUCCCAAACAUGGCUUUCCGCACCACUGGAAAAAGAUCGUUUGACAUUAAAGUGUAUCCAAGUUCAAUGCUUGCUACUUCUGUGUCGUCAAAUAUACCACGUUGGAGCGGACCUUGUAUGGAUUUCAGUCGGCUCGCUCAUGAGAAUGGCCAUGCAUAUGGGGCUACACCAAGACCCUAAUAAACUUGGAGAGAUGAGUGUGCUGGAGAAAGAAAUCCGCAGGCGUCUGUGGUACACCAUCCUGGAAAUGAAUGUGCAAGCGGCAUUGGAUUCAGGGGGUCCUCCCAUGAUUCUGGAUGGGGAUUACAAUACUCAACCGCCGUCUAAUAUAAGCGAUGAAGAUCUCGAGCAUGUCGUUCGGGAGGAAGAGCUUUCGAAUAAUCCUUCUCGAAUGUCUUUGCAAUCGCUACUAGCAAAGUCACUUCCACUCAGACUGCGAGUAACCAGGAUUAUAAACAGUCUACAAGAGGAACCUUCCUAUAAUCAGAUUCUGAAUAUCAGCAAUGAACUAGCCUCAGCAUGUCGUGAAGUGACUACCGUUCUCGACCAAGCCGCUUCUACAAGCAACUCACACCCCACAGCUAAAUUUGCACAAAGCUACUGCAACCAUCUCCUCCGUCGCUUUCCUCUCUGCCUUCACUUUCGAUAUGCCAUCAAAGCCAAAUCAGACCCGCUCUUCAGUCAUUCCCAGAAAGUGGGUCUUGAAGCCGCGUUAGAUCUUGUAUCUCUCCUUGAAGACGAUCUUUAUAGACGCUUACUCCUCGUAGGCGGUGGCAUGUUUCGUGAUAUUAUCACCCGAGGUGUAUUACUCAUAUUCUUGGAACUGAGUCCGGACCCGGAAACAGAGACAUCCAAUUUUGCAAAGAAAAGGAAUCGCGCUCGCCAGGACCCCCUGCUCCGUGAUGCGCAUCGUGUGGUACAGUAUUCUGAAGAUAGAAUCAGACAUGGCGAUACCAAUGUGAAAGUCUACGUGGUUCUUCACAUGUUGAUGGUCCAAGCUCAAGGUCGUUUCGAUGGCUCACUAACUGAUGAUAAUAUCACAAAAGCUUUACAUGAUGGACUGUAUACAUGUCACCAAAUACUGAAGGAUAUGGUGACUGAUAUCAACAACCAGAACAGUAAUAACUCGACAUAUUCUGAUAUUGACUUUGAGUCCUGGACAUCUAAUGACAUGAAUAUGACUGCACAAGCUGAUUUUGGGAUGAACACCUUCAACAAUGUCGACGAUGCGAAUAUAAACUUUGACUUCUUGGAUUAUCAACUUCCUUCUCAGUGGGCAGAUCAAACAUGGAGUUGAAAUAAUAUAUGGUACAUUUAUAAUACAUUGUCUGUAGCAAAAGGGAGGAGAGAAAAACAUCUAAUUAAAUAAUCCAAACCCA